GCACGCCGGGACGCGGGCGGCCGCGCGCGCUUCCCGCCCAAACGGCCGCGCGCGGGCGGCGGCGCGGCGCCAUCUUGAGCGACGCGGCGCCAUCUUGGGCGCCGAGGCGGCGGCUCGCCCCAUGCCCGGCGCCGGCUCUCCGGCGGCCCCGGGAGCUCCGCGAGCGGCCCCGGCGCGGCGGCCGGGCCCCCCGGGCCCCCAUGUGCCGCCAUGGGCGGGCUGGGGCGCUGCUUGGCGCGGGGCGAGUACGGGCGGCUGCGCGACUGCCCGCUCUUCGAGAGCGACUUCCUGCAGGUGACGAGGAGCGGGGACGUGGCCUCCCGCGUGACCGUGGGCAUCGCGGCCACCAGCCCCUGCCUGGCGCUGCCCGACCUGCUGCUGCUGGCGCGGCCGGCGCGGGUGCCAUCGGGGGGGCCCAGCCACGCGCCCCCCGCCCGGGCCCAGCCCGAGGAGCUCGAACUCUUCGGGCUGCUGCCGCUGCGCUUCGCCCGCCUCUCCCUGCACAGCGCCCGGCACCACCAGCUCCAGGUGCGCCUGGCCUCGGGCCGCACCUUCUACCUGCAGCUCCUGGCGCCGCCCCGGCGCCUCGAGGGCCUCUUCGCCCGCUGGCUCCGGCUCCUCUACCUGCUCCGCUGCCACGGUGAGCGCCGCGCCCCCCCCCCGCUCCGAUCGCCGGGGCCCCCCCCGGGGUGACGCCGCCGCCACGCCGCUGCCUCCGUCCCCGCAGGCGAGCAGCCGGGACCCCCGAGCCCCCCGGGCGCGCGGCGCCCGCCUCCCCCGGCC